UGACACCACGGGGCCAGUCUUAUCACCACAAACAACGUUGGACAGCAUCAGUUUGUUGAUUGUUGACGUUGAAAAACAACGUUUUUAGCUCGUCAGAAGCGCAUUUUAGUUUGUGAUUAACUGCGACUUUUAUUUGAAUUCACAAGUGAAACUUGUGCACUCUGCACUCCAACAUAUUUCAUAUUUGUGCUCAUUGUUUUUGGUUCUAAGCCACAAAAAUAAGUUACAAAAUAAGAGUAAGCCAAAUUGAAAUUUGUCAACUGUAGUAACAUUGACUGGUUCCCAAGCUCUGCUACAUAUAACCCAAAGUACUCUAGUGGUGUUUGUGAAGUUAAGCAAAAAAUAAUACAAAAAUAAGAAAUUCAACAACAAUGUUUACUCAGCUGUGGAUUUGUCAUCAUCAACGUUUCCAGUUUUUGUUUCCACUACUGCAGUUGUUUUUAAAACUUUUUAUUCUCCUCGCAAUUUGUGGAAAUUUACCACAAAAUGUUAGCGGUCAAAUUGCCUACAAAGGCCAUCUUUCAGAUUUACGCAUAAAAGAACUGGACGCUAUGGCAAAAAACUUGAACGAGUCCAUUAAUCUUAGCAAAUAUCCAUGCGAGAGCUACUUUGAUUACGUUUGCAGUCGCAAUAGGCCACUCUAUUCCAUAUUGGGUCGCACGCCAGAUAUAGAAGAUUUGAUGAAACUUUUUCAAGAACUACAAGAAGACAGUGUACCGUUUGCAGCUAAACAAAAACUUAUAGACUUUUUUAUAUCAUGCAAUAUGCGUAAAGGCCUUGAGGAAUGCUAUCGACAAUCUUUUGAAUAUUUUAUACCAAUAUUUGGAUAUAUAAUUUCAAAGAAUCAUCUUGAUGGGAGUGCACAUGAGCAUAGCAAUUUCUUAGAGAUACUGCAACGUUUCUAUAGGAGAGCGCAACGUACCGAGAACUUUGCACAAAAUCCCAUUCUUUUGAAAUUAGGAGUACUAACUCAAAGUUUUACAACAGCUAAUACAUAUUUUCGUAUUGAAGAUCUUAAUCACGAGUAUCGCGAUCUACGUAUAUAUCGUGAUGGUUUUGAGUAUAAUGUAAAAAACUUAGAACAACAUCUAAAACGAAAUUCCACCUAUGAGUUUGGAAUGCAACGUACAAUGCUUGAUUGGAGUUUAUAUGUUUAUCAGAGCCGUAAUAAACCCAUGUCUUAUUAUUUUCCAACAUUCAAUGUACACCUAUGGAUGACACUGUAUAAUAACACAGAACGGUUUCGUGAACUAAAAACUUUGAAUAAAAUUGCCGAAUGCCUUAAGUUGCCACAGUUUGUAAAUGUAUUGGAAGAAGCGCGUAUAUUAGCUAUAGUUUACUUGAAAAGUAUUCGCAAUGCUUGGCAGGAAUAUAGUGACUGGAUUUCGUCUUCCCCGGUGCAUCAAGAAGUUUUUGAUCAGGAGAAUGUAAUAUUGAAACCGUAUAAUUUAACCAACAAACAUAUAUUUUUUACGCUUUAUGCACAAAACUUCUGUGAAUUCGGUAAGGAACUGGCGGAGAGUGUUUUUUACUUGGGCAUCAAACAGAACCAAGAUUUCGGGGAAACUUACUCCUGUGGAUAUCAAACAGAAAGGACCGAACAUUGUGUAUACUGAGUUUAUUAUUAUGUACAAUGUCAUGUAUCGAUACAAAAUGUGUAAUCAAAAAAUUAACUUCAUUUGAGUGUUUAAAUUUUAUUUAAUACAUUUUAAUA